CACCGCCUCCACUUUAAGAACAUAUCAUCAGAAAACAAGACAUUCGUCCAUCAUGAGCUCAGCGCAAGCUAGACACACGUCAAGAAGACGACUCGACUUUGGUAAAAGCUCAAUUUCUGCCAUCAACGAAUACUACGGCAUUUCCAUGAUUGAUAGUCACCAAAAAGUGCUCAGCGGCAGCAUGGCGAUACCGCAGACCAGCAGAACGCGCUUCAAUUUAUAUGUCAAACAACUCCAGCAAAAGCCCGUGUACGCUCAUGACGUCAGUGAUGACGUUGAUGGUGACUCCGGUGAUGACGUAGCCACAGAAGUGAUAGAGAAGCCUCCACUUGACCAACUCGAGCAAAACUUUGUCUCCAUAAGUGGAACUUUGAUUAAUGAUUUGUGCUUAAAAGGAGCGGCGUAA